AUGACAAGGAAAGAGAAAGAAAAUGAAAGACAUAAUAGUGAUAGUUUGGUCAAAGUAGUCAACAAAGAGGAGAAAGAUAAUAGUUCCAAGAAGAGUAAUAGUUUAAAAGAAGAAAUUGAUGAAAGACUAAAAUCUAUUGAAAGAUCCAUGACAUAUACCCAAGAUAAUGGUUUAGUGGAAGCUAUUAAGAAAAUCUCAGAAUAUGUAGCACAGCUGAGAAGGGUGGGCAAAGGACAUGGUGUUUGGCACUUCGAUCAAAUGCUUCCCCAUGAUGCACAAGCCGCAUGA